GAUGAAAGGAUCAUACUCUAGACUCCAGACUCCAAGAACUAGCCAAGGAUGUUUUGAUGCUAGAGAACCUUGUGUUGAGAAACUUGGUGGCGUAUGGCGCUGCAAUGGCCACCCUAGAGUCAAUAACAAUGCUUGCCGAGUACGUUGCUCUCAUGGGUGACAUGUUGCAGGCACUGAAAGACGUGGCGCUGCGGGGAAAGGGAAGCUUGGACGAUGAACCGGUCAUCCAGAUCCUGGCUAGGAUUGGGAAACCCCAGACCGGGGAGAAGCGUGAGGUUCAUGCAAGCGAGAGGGAGACGACGGAAGAGUGGGAGAAGAAGAACGAGAUGACGUGGACGAAACUCCAUAGGUCUUUAGAGAAGAGAGUUAAGAAUGGGGUUGAUGUUAUGAGGAAAGCCUUCUGCAAUGGCUCUCAAGUAUCUCUUGGAGCUAAUGCAGGCUUAUUGCCAAGUCUAUGGCUGCAACAAAGGGGGUUCUAAGUCCAACUAGUCAACUCCAAACCUUUGGCUAUUUUGGUUUUAAUGGAGUAUUAAUGUAACUGUAUAUUGUGCUACACAAUGGUCAUCACAUAUAUCUUACCGGAGUAUAUUAUUGCAUUAGUAAUAAUUGUGUUAACGGAAA